CCAGCAUUCCGACGCCUCGGCUCCGCGCGCAGAGCUCCGCCAAUCAGGACGCGAGGAGGACCGCGGGGGCGUGCGCGAGCUCGGGGGGAGAGAGAGGGAGACUCUGAUACAUAAACAAACAGCGGGGGGUUUGAAGGGACACGGAACGGGGACACACAACUGGUCACAUUUCUUGGCCACCUGGAAACGUGCUGGUCCCAGUGGGCGGAGUGUUCUGGCUGCUCGCGCGCACGCAGGUCUCCUGGUGUGCUCGUAGUGACGCGCGUGGAAGCCAAACCUCAGACCUCAUCCGAGCACUCAUCCCAGUACAGGACGCCUGUAGGUUACGGCUCCGGUCCCGCAGCGCUCUGAUCGAUCACGGGACUGUAAUCAAUUUAUCUGAACCUCUUUGAUCUAAAGGGUUCUCCUCUACUUUCUGGGACCCAAUCCACAUGGUGGUCCGGACUGCUACGUCUCCCCAGCUCCUGAGGAAGACCCUCACCCAGUAGACCAAACCACGUACUGAAGAAGACCACUAUACGGAAUUAUGGAGAAUAGUCCUGGUGGUGUCAUCCUGUACGCGGGCUCCUCCGGCAGCGCCAGCCCCAGCCCGGGCAGCCCGUCCAGCGGCUACCAGACCCAGUCCCCCUCCUCACACUCGCAGCCCUCCUCCCCCGAGGCCAUCUCCUUCCAGGAGAUCGGCGCCCUGAAGCCCGGCGGGGAGCCCUACCCGGCGCCCCCCUCCCCCAAGACCGUCUUCCAGUUCCCCGAGGUGGUGGGGGCCAACCCCCCUCCCGCCGCCGGCGGCCCCGCCUCCUACACCCACCCCAUCGCCGGGAAGAGACCCUGCGGGUUCACCGGCACCUUCACCAAGACCGGAGGCAUGGUGCUCCUAUGCAAGGUGUGUGGCGACAUCGCGUCGGGCUUCCAUUACGGCGUCCACGCCUGUGAGGGCUGCAAGGGCUUCUUCCGACGCAGCAUCCAGCAGAACAUCCACUACAAGAUGUGCGUGAAGAACGAGAACUGCCUCAUCAUGCGCAUGAACCGCAACCGCUGUCAGCACUGCCGCUUCAAGAAGUGUCUCUCCGUGGGCAUGUCCCGAGACGCCGUCCGUUUCGGUCGCAUCCCCAAGCGGGAGAAGCAGCGCCUGCUGGACGAGAUGCAGAGCUACAUGAACAGCCUCAACGAGACGGUCUCCAUGGAGACGGAGGCGUCCGCGCCCCCCGAGAUCGCCGGCGGCCCCGAGGGGCGGCCCGGCGAGGGGGCCGGCGGCCCGUCCUACCACAACACCUUCAUGAACUGUGAGGAGAAGCCCCUCAAGAUGGAGGCCACCGGCAACCACAGCAACGACAACAGCUCCGCCUCGUGCUUCAGCGGCGUGUCGCAAGACUUUCCCACGCCCCACUCCGCGGGCGUCCCCCAGCCUCAGUCCCAGUCCCAGUUCCAGGGGGUCCCGUCCGGCUACCACCUCCCCACCCACUGCCCCGCCAACGUCAACAAGAAGCCCGCCGGCGCCGCCACGGACAACGCAAAGUACACGUACACGCUGGCGCCCAAUCAGAGCCAGUGCCCCGUCACCGGGGCCACUUCCUCCUCGCAUCCCGCGCCGGCCAAUCAGAACGUCUUCUCCGCCGCCGGCGAGACGCAGAAGCAGACUUCCUGUCCGUGGAAGCUGAGUGGAGGAGCCAAAGUGCUGGCCUGUCCCCUGAACGCGUGCCCCGUGGCCCCUUCCAGCCGCUCCAGCCAGGAGGUGUGGGAGUCCUUCUCCCAGUGCUUCACCCCCGCCGUUAAGGAGGUGGUGGAGUUCGCCAAGAGCAUCCCGGGCUUCCAGAGUCUGGAGCAGCACGACCAGGUCAUGCUGCUCAAGUCCGGCACCUUCCAGGUGCUCAUGGUGAGGUUCUGCUCGCUCUUCGACCCCAAGGAGCGGACGGUGACGUUCCUGAACGGCCAGACGUACUCGCUGGCGUCCCUCAGGGCCCUGGGCAUGGGCUGCCUCCUGGACGCCAUGUUCGACUUCAGCGAGAAGCUUGGCCAGCUGGGGCUGGAGCCCGACGAGAUGGCCCUCUUCAUGGCCGUGGUGCUGGUGUCAGCCGACCGCUCCGGCAUCGUGGAGGUCGCGGCGGUGGAGCAGCUCCAGGAGAACCUGAUCAAGGCCCUGCGCUCGCUGAUGUCGCACCGCCGGCCCGACGACUCGACCCUGUUCCCCAAGCUGCUGCUGCGUCUGCCCGACCUGCGCACCCUCAACAUCCAGCACUCGGACAAGCUGCUGGCCUUCCGCAUAGACCCCUGAGAUGGGCAGCGCCGGCCGGUGGCACAGGCAGGUGUGGGGAGACGCUCCCCCCUCCCUCCCCCCAAUCGCCCCUCCCCCCCUCCCUCCCUCCCUCCCUCCCUCCCCCCUCCGCCACCCACUCCUCCAUCACUGCAGGACCCCCGGACGCCGCGUGACAGACAGACGCCGGGCCCCACGCCGCGCCGCGCCGCGCCGCGCCGCGCUGAACUCUGGCGCUACGCUUGAGAGGACUUAGGGGUGAGGGGGGACGAAGAGAGAGAGAGAGAAAGAAUACUGAGUGACAGACGGGGGCUGGAGUCCCGCCCCCUCCUUCCUGCUCCUCCGGUACCUGCCACUCACAACUGGUUCUGUCCAAUCCGCUUCCAGAUCCCUGUCUUCAUCCGACUCCUCACAAGGACCGAAUCCGCACUCCUCUUCCUCCUCCUUCUCCGCUCCAUCGACCGCGGCCUCUCCCCCCAGGACCAGGACUCAGACCGGAGAGGGUCUCAUGUGAUCUGCAUGUGUAGUGGAACGGCUUCGCCUCUAGGGGGCGACGGCGCCGGGCAGUCUGGGAGACCGGGGGACACUUACUCAUGAACAGUGAUAUAAUACGACACAUUCAUGCUAAACAAAUAAGAAUGCACUUUUCAUGCUUCAGGCUACUUCUGGAACCUAUAUAGAUAUAUUAUAGCAAUAGAAACGUGUCCUUUCAAGUGUUGGCGGCUGGUUUAUGCACUGGUGAAAUGAUCUAAGCUAUUUUCAUACUGUCAGUUUUUGUAAAUCUUUAUGAAGAAUUUCAAUUUGGAAUUGAAGUGGAAAUGCAUUUGAGAGAAACAUUUUUAUGACGUGACGUCAAUUGCGAUGCAUUUGUAUUCAGUGAUCGGAGAGAAAUGAUUGGUCAUUUUAGACCAAGGUGGAUGGUUUACAUGUCAAGGUCUUUUUGUUGUACAUUCUGUGUAUAAUCAUAUAUAUAAAAUUGGUUCUUACUCAUUGCAAUUUUUCUUGCAUAACUAUACGAAGCUAGAAGCUAAUUAUUGUACCAAGUCGGUCGCGUCAACACAUUGAUGCCAUAUUCAAAAGAAAAAGACAACAUUGCAGACCUAUUAAAUCUCUAUAAGCAAAAUGUAUUGUGAAUACUCUCAUUGUGAAUAUUUUGUAAAUGGUUUAUGUCGUAUGUACUAUAAUUAAACUACGUUAUAUAGCACUG